AUGCAGUUCACCUCUCUCUUCCUCGCCGCCCUGUCGGCCACCGCCGCCAUGGCCCUCCCCGAGCCCGAGGCCAAGAAGAGCCCCAAGGUCCACACUCCCUACGAGAUCUCCGCCACCUACACCAACCCCCUGGCCAUCCCCCCCGUCGUGGAGCUCUACACCUGCACCAGCCUCGUCGCCGGCGCCAAGAAGUACUCCAAGGUCGCCUCCAAGGCGGCGCACUGCAAGACCAGCAUCGCCAAGACGAACGUCGCCUCCGCCUACGUGUGCAACUCGUCCAACAGCCUCACGCAGUUCCUGCAGGACCUCGAGAGCGGCCCGGGCACGUUCACUUGCGUCUCCACCACCUCCGGCGGUGGCGGGCUUCCCCUUUAA